AUGGGAGACGAUAAGAAAGAUCAAAAGCCUUUUUCUUACGAGAAAGCUAAAACCUUUUCGUGUAACUCACAUUCUUCUUUUUAUCGGCUGUUGACGAAGCUAAUCUUAACGUUCGCCAUUAUAUUCUCUAUCCAGUUCGUUUUCUUCCCUCUCAAUUUCAUCUCCACUUCUCCGCCUCGAUCUCUGAUCAAAAUCGCGGUUUCACCCGUCGGAUCCGGACCCGGGUCCGAAUCGGGUCAAAAGCCGGAGCAAACCGAAAUAAAGCACGUAGUUUUCGGGAUCGCGGCGUCAGCGAAACUGUGGAAACACCGAAGAGAGUACGUGAAGCUGUGGUGGAAACCGGACGGAGAAAUGAAGGGCGUAGUAUGGCUAGACAAACACAUUGACCAAAACGGCACCGUCUCAGCCGGAUUGCCUCCUAUCAGAAUCUCCUCCGACACGGCGAGGUUUAAGUAUAAAUACCCAAAGGGUAACCGAUCGGCGAUCAGACUCACACGAAUCGUCUCCGAGACAGUGAGGCUCUUGAACGGAACAGAGUCUGAGAAAAACGUCAGGUGGAUUGUCAUGGGAGACGACGACACCGUGUUUUUCCCCGACAACUUGGUUAGGGUUUUGAGAAAAUACGAUCACAGUCAGUUCUAUUACAUCGGAAGCUCGUCGGAGAGUCAUAUCCAGAAUCUGAAGUUCUCUUAUGGGAUGGCUUAUGGAGGUGGAGGAUUUGCCAUCAGCUAUCCCUUGGCUAAGGCUUUGGAGAAGAUGCAAGAUCGGUGUAUCCAGAGGUACCCGGAAUUGUACGGCUCCGAUGAUCGGAUUCAUGCUUGUAUGGCGGAGCUCGGUGUUCCUUUGACUAGAGAAGUUGGCUUUCAUCAGUUUGAUUUAUUCGGGAAACUUCUGGGCCUAUUAUCGGCCCAUCCGCUGGCUCCGAUAGUCUCGAUGCAUCACCUAGACAUAGUGGAUCCGGUAUUCCCAAACAUGGGCCGAGUCAACGCGAUGAGACGUUUCAUGGUUCCAGCCGAACUCGACUCGGCAAGCCUCACGCAGCAAUCAAUCUGCUACGAUACGGCUCACCGAUGGACCGUGUCCGUCUCCUGGGGAUACACAGUCCAGAUCACACGUGGCGUGUUGUCAGCAAGAGAGAUGGUGAUCCCCACGCGCACUUUCAUCGACUGGUAUAAACGCGCCGAUGAUAAAAGCUAUGCUUUUAACACGCGUCCCUUCAGCAAAAGCGCGUGUCAACGCCCGCGCGUGUACUAUCUUUCUAACGCGCUUCCAGAUUCGGCCUUACACAGAACUGCGAGCGAGUACGUGAGGUGGUAUGACAUGUGGGAUCCUGAAUGUGAUUGGGAUAUGUCGGAUCCUUCUCUAAUCGAUCGGGUCAUAGUCUAUAAAAAACCCGACCCGGAUAGAUGGGAUAAAAAUAAGGCUCCGAGAAGAGAUUGCUGUAGGGUAUUGCCUACAAAAAGGAAUGGGACGAUGGUAAUCGAUGUUGGAGCAUGUAAAGAUGAUGAAUUUAUUGAAUUCUCCGUCAAAUAG